CAUGUCUACAUUGCACAUUUUGUUGAAGGGGAGAUGAGGCUGGAGAAACCAGACAGAGUGGAGCCUCACCAUGCUGUAUUGGAAAACCCCAAGUUCUCUUCCCUUGGAGUCGUUUUCAAAAAGUUGUUCAAGCUAAAGAUCAACACUGUUGUGCUGCUCUAUCGUAGACUUCGACUGGAAACGCCAACAUUGCACCUGUACCUCCUACCCAACGACCCUUCAAUAAUAAAGGCAGUCAAUGACCGUGAGGUAAAUUCGAAAAAAAUAGAGAAACCCCCUGUGACCCUGAAACCUCUGACGAUUGGCUCUCAGGUCUCUUUGAAUGCUCCAAAGGAUGUCACAGUCUGUCCUGAGGAAAUGACGUUUCAAUACCUGGAUGCAGAGAAACUGCAGCAGUACCUAGAACUGUCUGCUGAGCAAAUGCAAGACAAGUUCACCUUCUGCUUGAUGAACACGGGCACAAAAGAAAUUGUCUGGAAGGCGCAUUUGAAAAAAGGAGAGUUAAUUUCAGAGGAGAUGGAUUCUCCUGUUCUACACCCAGCACAAGGGCCGCAGCCUCCAAACUCUUCCAACAUGCACUUCAUCGAGCGGCACAGGGAGGCGCUAAUCCAACGGACCACCCCAGUGGAACCGGUGCUGGAUAGAUUGCAUGGCUCCGUCCUCACUCACGAGCAAUACCAAAAAAUCACUGCCAAGGAAACUAACCCAGAGAAGAUGAGAGAGCUCUACAGGCUUGUGCCAAGCUGGGACCUCCGGUGCAAGAAUAUGCUGUAUGAGGCACUGAUGGCCAAAAUCCCACACCUCGUGAAAGACCUGGAAGGGCGAUGAGGCCCCAAGGGAAGGCAGAAGGCAAAACCCCUUUC